AUGGCCUCAUUGCUAAUGAGACGGUCGCUAUUAGCGACAGCAGGAAUAUCACGUCCCAUGCUAUCGGUGACACGCCGUAGUGUUGUGACGCCACUUUUCGCUUCGCAAAGAUCGUUUUCGUCGUUCCAGAAGCUCCUGUUCUCAUAUUCACCAAUCAGAUUAAAUGAACAGAAACCACCCCAAAAAAAGGAGAAUAACGAGAAGGAGAAAGAGUCAGAAGACAAAGGAAAGUCCAAAGAACAGACAGAGGAGGAGAAACUCCGUGAGGAAGUCAGAGAGAGAUUGAGAAAGAAGAACCCAAAUGAUAACCUUCAGAACCUCAAGAUCAUCAAGAUUGAUGCCGCUCAGUUGCUGAAAGGAAUCACAAUUUUUGCCUUGAGCACGCUUAUGUUGACAAUGUUUUUGAUGACUGGCCAGCCACGCAAGGAAUUGUCGUUCCAAGACUUCAAAACCAGAUACCUUGAAAAGGGUCUCGUAACCCGUCUUACCGUGAUCAAUCGCUUUGCCGUGGAGGCUGAAUUGAUUCAGGGCGCUUUCUCAGACGAGACGAUGCAGGGUCCUCAUGGACACCCUAUGGUUGUGUUCACUAUUGGGUCUGUAGAAGUGUUCGAAGAAGAAAUGAAUGCUGCUCAGGAUAAGUUGGGAAUCCCUGUCGAGGAGCGCUUGCCUGUUCUGUACGAGGACCGUGGCUCGUGGAUGAAUAUGAUUCUUCCCAUUUUGCCUACUGUUUUACUCAUUGGUGGACUUUGGUACAUCACCAUGAGAAGAGCUUCUGCACAAGGAGGAGCUGGCGGAGGAGCUGGAGGAAUCUUCAAGAUCGGAAAGUCCAAGGCCAAGUUGUUCAACCAGGAGACUGACGUCAAGAUCAAGUUCAAGGAUGUUGCUGGAUGUGAGGAGUCCAAAGAGGAAAUUAUGGAGUUUGUUAAGUUCUUGCAAGAUCCAAUCAAAUACGAGAAGUUGGGUGCCAAGAUCCCUCGUGGUGCCAUCUUGUCCGGACCUCCAGGUACUGGUAAGACUCUCUUGGCUAAGGCUACUGCUGGUGAGGCUGGUGUGCCAUUUUUGUCUGUUUCUGGUUCGGAGUUCGUGGAGAUGUUCGUCGGUGUAGGAGCAUCCCGUGUUCGUGACUUGUUCAAGACCGCCAGAGAAAUGGCCCCUUCCAUUAUCUUUGUCGAUGAGAUCGAUGCCAUUGGAAAGGAAAGAGGAAACGGACGUAUGGGCGGAAAUGACGAGAGAGAAAACACUUUGAACCAAUUGCUUGUGGAGAUGGACGGUUUUGAGGCUUCUGACCAUGUGGUCGUUUUGGCAGGUACUAAUCGUGUGGACAUCUUGGACAAGGCUUUGUUGAGACCGGGAAGAUUCGACAGACACAUUUCAAUUGACAUCCCUGAUAUUGAGGGAAGAAAGGCUAUCUUCAAGGUUCACUUGAGCAAACUAACGUUGACUUGUGUUGAGGAUAUCAAGGCCAGUCACAACGAUGUUGACUUCAACAAGUAUCAACAGCUUAUCGAUGAGGCAAUCGAACAGUUGGCCGGCAGAUUAAGUGCAUUGACUCCGGGCUUCGCCGGUGCUGACAUUGCCAACUGUUGUAAUGAAGGUGCCUUGAUUGCUGCCAGAGAAGAUGCUACCUCUGUCAAUGUCGGCCACUUCGAGCAAGCCAUCGAGAGAGUGAUUGCUGGAUUGGAAAAGAAAUCGAGAAUCUUGAGCCCAGACGAAAAGAAGACCGUAGCUUAUCAUGAGGCUGGACACGCUAUAUGUGGUUGGUUUUUGGAGUACGCUGAUCCCCUCGUGAAGGUUUCCAUUAUCCCAAGAGGACAAGGCGCAUUGGGGUAUGCCCAAUACUUGCCAAAGGACCAAUAUUUGGUUUCCAGCGAACAAUUCAAGCACAGAAUGAUUAUGGCAUUGGGAGGCAGAGUCAGCGAAGAAUUACACUUCGAGUCUGUUUCCAGUGGAGCCUCUGAUGACUUCAAGAAAAUUACCCAAAUGGCACAAUCCAUGGUGUUGAAGUUGGGAAUGUCGGAAAAAUUGGGUAAUGUCUACUUCGAUACUGGUGAUGAUAACAAUGGAUUGAGAGUGUACAACAACUACUCGGAGAGCACAGCAAGAAUCAUCGAUGAAGAGGUCAAGCGUCUUGUCGAUGAAUCAUACGAUGCCUGCAAAAAGUUGUUGACCGAAAAACUUGACUUGGUGGAUAAGGUCGCCCAGGAAGUGUUCAAGAAAGAGGUUUUGACACGUGAAGACAUGAUCAGAUUGGUAGGUCCUCGCCCAUUCCCUGAAAGAAAUGAUGCUUUUGACAAGUAUCUCCAAGGAGAAGAUGCGUUCAAAUCCAGACUGAAGCCUUCCAAGGAGGAUGACUCCGAUGCUCAGUCUGAGCCUCAACCGCUGGCAUAA